CAACAACACACUCGGCCUACCUCAGAUCACAGUAGAACGCAAGCUUUCGAAGGGGACUUUGUUGCUAUCCCGAAAAAUAUAAAUUUUUCUUUUAAUCCCCCCUCAAAUUAACUGAUAAUAUGAGUGUAAGAACAUACAACCCUUCUGUUUUGAUUGGAAACUGGAAUGAGGACAUCUGUCUUGAGGAAGACAAAUUAAAAGACUUCCUCGACAAGAAGGAGAAAGGAGAGCUUUUAAUUCAAAAAGCUUCUAACUUACUAGGAAAUAUACUCAAGAAGACUGAGCUUUCUGUGUCUCACGAUGGGUACCUUCAUUUCGGGGAUAUUGUGUGCGUGUAUAACCCCGCAAGCGAAGUGUUAUUGACGGCCAACAUGUCUGAGAGUAAGAUGCGUGAUGCCCAGAGCCUUGGAGGUCCUUGCGAUAUAUCUGCAUCCAAGUCACUUCAGCCAUGUGUCCGCAAUACCUUUAUGAUUGUCAGCCCUGAGCUGUACCAGGAAGGUCAGGUACUUCGCUAUGGCCAGCCUUUUAUGCUCAGUACACUACCAGGAGUUGGGGGCAGUUUGAGAAUGCAUAGUGACCGGGUAACAUUCAAUAAAGCGGCCAAGAAGUCUCGCAAACAAGAAUGCCUUCUAACAGAUAAUUCUUCCUUCACUGCACACUGGAAUUGCUUGUGUUUUGACCCACAACAGCGCCUAGAAAAUGAUGGAAUGCCAGUCCCAGCAAACCAGCGAAUCCUGUUUAAUCACUGCAAGACAAACCAGAACCUCGCCUGCAUGUCAGAAUUCUCGUUUAGGACGCCGUUUGGUCGCGAGAUGGAGGUCGCCGCGCACACUUCGUUAGACUCUCAUCGCGCCGAGACGCCCGCUAACCACUGGGUGAUCCUUACUCGGACGGUCGAGGACGCCGCCGAACAGCACGAGAUCGAGAGAGAAACGCUUAUGAAACCGAGCACAGAGGUGCAGACUUUUGACGAGCCUCCCGCCGGUGGGCAGCACGAGUUCCGCGAAGUCCCAGAAGACUCUACCCCACCACAAUAAUCCCGUGGCGGAAAAAAAUAAUAAAAGUUUAUUAUUUGCAUCAUGACUAGGAAAUGGAGGGAGGGGGCUUUAGAUACAUUCAGUAGGAAAAUAACUAUUUUGUUUCGUGUUACGUUGGCACUGCCACUGAAUAAUAUAUGUUUAUUUUAAGAUACCGCUAAGCAGCAAACAAGUGAAUCCCACAAAUAAAAGUGGUGAAUGAAUAUGUACAGAGUGAUUUUAUUAGCAUUUUUCGCAUGACCGAGAAAUGUUAGUAAUAUAAAAAGUUAGUGAUUCGCAUUUAUCUUGUUAUUAAAAACGUACUUGUUUUUUCUUA